AGAGUAUCAAUUUAAAAUUUACUUAACAUAAUCCACAACUCUAAGAGGAAACAAUGAUUGCCUAGAGGAAAAAGGAUGAAGCGAUAAUACAAAUUUCAUGCGUGUGAUAAUAUGAAUAUUAAGAGAAAAAUCUCAAAAUUCUCUACAGUUUUUCGUGAACCUUUGGCAAGAGUUGUCAUCUUUCUCAGCGAAUUGAAGAUUGUUUUUAAAAAAUGAUCUUUUUGAGUGCAAUUUUAUUUCUACAAUUUUUCAUCGCGGAAUCCUUUAGUGGGGCACCUAAGAGAGAAAUUCUCAAAUGUGAUGACUCUAAUGAGACCGGAGUUAGACUGGCAAUACACGAAGAGAUAAUAAAUGUUUUGUGUGUGCUGACAAGUCGUGAAUUUACGCAAAAUGUUGAAUAUUCCUUUCAAUUGAAAAAGAAUGAAUUUAUUGUAUAUUUAGAAAUUUAUAAUUCUUCCAUGACCACAAUUCCAGACUCUCUUUUACCACAUUUGCAAUUUGUGCGUGAAAUUAUAGUGCAAAAUACCUCGUUGAAGCAUGUGGAUCGAUUAAAUUACAAAUUUGAAUAUCUUUUCUUGAUGUCCAUUGGAGAUAAUGCAAUUGAAUCUCUGGACGACAACGCCUUUACAACAUUUGAAGAUUUAAUAAUAUUGAAUUUGUCAAAAAACAAAUUAACUCAUUUAAAAGGAAAUCCAUUCCCAACAUUCAACACGGAUCUCUUUUACGAUUUAUCACACAAUAAAAUUAAAAAUAUCACUGAAAGUGUUUUCAAAGGGAUGGACUUUGGUUAUCUUGCUCUCACAAAUAAUUCUUUGGAGAAUGCAGAUAGAAUUUUUGAGUACGUUGUGAGAGCUGAAAAUUUGAAUUUGAGUCACAAUAAGUUGAAGAAAUUCCAACCUAUUGGUUCAUUGAACACUUCCUUCAUUGAUUUAUCUUCCAAUUUCCUGGAAUCUGUGGAUUUUACAAAAAUUGAUGCAAGUACCAUUAAUAUGCUCAAAGUAAAUGAUAAUUCACUAACUAAAAUAUCCCUUGGAUCGUCAAUCAAAAGUCUUACUUCGCUGCAAUUGGAAAAGAACAAACUUGGAAACAAUUUGCAGGAUAUUUGCAAAUGUGAACAAUUGGUGAAUUUAACGUUAAAGGACAACCUCAUUCGUGAUAUAGGCUCUUGUUUUUCCGAAAUGAAAGCCCUCAAAUUGUUGGAUUUAGCAAAAAAUCGCAUAAAAGCCAUCAAACCCGAAAGCUUCCACAAGGAUAACGCAAUUGAAACCCUUGAUUUGGCUUUCAAUCGCAUUGAAAGCUUCAACGAGGACACAAUGACCGUUUUUGGGCAUUUGAAAAUUCUAAAUCUAACCGGAAAUCGUCUCAAGGACUUCUAUGACAAUCCAAAAACAAUAAUGCCCAAUUUAAUGGUCCUGGGACUAUCCCACAACAAAUUCAAAUGCUCAAGAUUCUCAGCACUGCAGGGCAAAUUCAGUCUUCUCUUCAAAUUCUUCAUUGAUAGAAGUGUGUCCGUGGAUGGAACAAAUGUUUCCAAAGAAGGUUGUUAUGACGACAAAGAAGAAACUCCAAAAACAACAUCAGAGAUUUUUGAUGCAAUUAUUGCAAUGCAAACCUGUUUAAGUGAAAUAAAAGAUGAAUUGAAAAAAACUAAUGAAAUAUUGGAGAAUAAAGUUGAAAACUUAUGCUCAAAUUCAAAUAGAGAGAAUCAUUGAUUGUUUCCCAGGUUUUAUGUUAUAUUGUUUGCACAAAAAAGAAUUUGAAAUAAAAAUUAAAAUGCUUUUAUUUUAUACGAAACUUUGUAUACAUAAUAAUACAUGUAAUAAAUAAUAAACAAAAAUAAAAAA